UACCUCGCACGCAUUCUGGGGAAAAGAAACAUCGAAGCCCAAUUGCGCCACCACAGACCAUAUUUGCUGUCCCUGUCUUGUGUCACUCCGUGGCGCUCGCGCAUGCUCCUUUCCUUGGACUCCACACUCGACGCCCGCGAAGCACAACGUACUAGACGGCGCUGAAGAUACUUGGAGACUUUGAACUUUCCACUUCUCCGUCAAUCUACCAAUCGCCCACGUCGACCCGACCAACGAAUCUCCUGACAGACGCAGCACUAGCUAGCGUUCGACGGUAUAAUACUGCGCAUAGUCGCGCCCCUUCGUAAGGCACCCUCGCCAUGGAUCACCCAUGCGUCCACCGAAGAUAACACCACAUACUACGAUGGGGUUUCUCAGCCGGAAGAAGGACAAGGCUCCCGGGGAUGACGUAUCCAUCACAAAGAAGACGAAGAAGGGGAAGAAGGGCAGGCAAGAAGACGAGGCCACGCCAAACUUCGAUCUGGGUUCAGCAUUGCCAAGCACAGAUGAUUUCCGGACCAGUCUGAUUAUGCCUGGAUUAUCUACGCGGUUCAGCAUGCUAAGAGAGCAGGACGACCCCAGCUCAAAGAUUGGCAAAGCCAGUGACGACAGCGUCCUCACACCCAAACGAUCAUCUCGACUGCAUGAGUUCGGCUUCGCCCCUGGAGGUCUCUCUGAUAUUGCGGAAGUCUCGUCAUUGAGUGGAUCGAUUCGGCCACCGUUCGCUGUUGACCGCACGAGCUCCUUCGACAGUGACAGGGCAGGAGACGAUUCAGGCAGCAUGAUGACCCGGGCUAGGCCAGGUGAGGGUAAUGUCUUGUUUGGUGGUCGCCAGAAAAUCUACAUGAUCUCCAAUAACAGCAGUGCGAAGGGACUGGGGCGGACACUGUACGACGACGAUGUGAACAUGUCCGCAUACCAGCGUUUGCGCGCCGAGGAGAAGGAAAAGUUGAGACUGGAGGGAGAAGCUUUGACUGAUCAGCACUACGAGCCUUCAAGCCCAACAACGCUCAGUCAGAAGAGGGACACAUCUUCCUCCACCAACUCUGGGCUAGAGAAUACCCGCACAUCGACUGCCGCAACAUCGAUCGCAUCUCAAGGCGCUGGCGAUGCACCUGUGACAUCACCAGUCCUUCCUCCGUCUGCAGGACCUUUCCCUAUGGCUGACCUGAACCGUUCAACAACCAAGACACGGAGGCUUUACGAUCAAGGACUCGAUCAACACUUCCAAGAGCAGCAGUCUUCAGCGAUGAACAGAUUGAACUCGUUACAGAGAGCUCGAGCACCGACUGGAAGGUCCACCCCGCCGAUUCCGCUUUCCCAAACAAGGUCUGCGACGAGUCUGAAUGAUCGAUUUAAUCGGGGCCCCAUGUUCCGUUCAGACAGCCCCAAUGGAUUGGUACACUCUGGUGUAUUGAGAAAUAACUCCCAGUUGUCGAGCGGCGGCUCCAGCUCUGUUGUAUCACAGUCACAAUCACCGCCUCCGGCCAGUCCGGUGAUCAGUGACAGUGGAGAUACGCAGCCUCUGAACGCGGCUCUGCAGCAAGGUGAUCGGGGUAAGGCGACCGCGAUGGGUGCGUUCAACAAACCCAAGGAAGCUUUCAGCGAGCACCAAUAUGCCGAACGUCUACGCCACAUGCAAUCUGAGCGUGAGGCGCCUCGAGAAGUACCUGGUUUCCCGGCUCCCGUUCUAGAGCCUGUCGUCAGGUCAGACAAAUCGCCGCCUAGGAAGCCAACUCUCAAGGAGCGUGCCGAGCAGGAGAGGCGGAAGCGAGCGGGGAGCGUUGUUCGACAAAGGUCAAAUUCUUCUGCCUCUUCAGUCACUGAGCCGGCUCAGGCUACAGCAGGUAUCUCCGUGUUCCAAGCUGCUGCAAAUCGAAUGAAGGCUGCUGCUAAUGCUGCACAAACACUGCCUUCGGCUGAGAUUGCGACGAUUCCCCAGCAGCAGGAGUCUCCCAAUGAGCACGCAGGAGCUACCUUCUUCACCACUCAAGAUUUGAGUGAUGAUGAGGAGCAUGCACCGACCAGGCCUAUCACUGCUCGUACAACGGAGACCACUCGCCGCUUCGAGAACUUGCCCGUAGCUACCGGUCCCGCUCCUUCAAUCUUCGAGCACCCGGCCAUGCGCUCUCGCAACGUGUCAGCGGAGCAAGUCCCACAAGCGGUCCCUCAGAUGCCCAGCCAAAUGCCAGCACAAGAUUACUGGCCCAGGCCUGACCAUGGUGCAGAAAGGGAAGUCGACUCUCCCACGCUCGGACCUAACGGUGGAGGUCUCAGCGGUAUGAUCCGUCAGCAUCUACGUAACGACAGCAACGUUUCCUCAAACUACGGUGAGCAUGAUCAGCAGGCAGCCGCACCCACGUCAAAUGCACCCGUUGGCCUUGCUAUUCAAACCCAUGACAUUGGUCUGCAGCCACAACAGUCAGGCUCCGAUUCGGCUACCCCGGCACCCUCUAACUAUAGCCACUCCAACCCUUGGGACUUGGACGAUAUUGACAAUCCGUACCGCAACGACCGCGGUAGCUUCAGCUCUGGCAGCCCUGUCGAUGGGCAGCGGAUGAACAAUGCCCCCGGUCUUGGCCAGCAGUGGGACUCAAGAAGGAAUCACGAGCGCAUUGCUAGCAAUGAGACUGAAGCAGAGCACGAGGCUUUCCAACGUGAUCUCGCUCAGCGUCAGCGUGUCAUUCAAGAGAACCUUCGCGCGAGGGCAGAGGGCCGCUCUACGAGCCCAGCACCUGGACCUUCUGGAGGACUCAAGAACGCUCUGAAUAUGCUCCGCGCUAAGUCGAGCCGGGAGUCUUUCGCAGUUGUUGGUGAAAAGUCGCCUCAGCCAGACAUGCCGCACAAAGGAGUACGAAAGAUGACACUCGGAAACGGGUCAGGUAACGCCAGUACUACAUCUCUGGUCAGCUCAUACAUUGGCGAACACUGGAAGGCUGAGAUGCCCUCCCUGAAGUCCAAAUCAUCGCGCUUGGGACUGCAGAACGAACAAGACUCGCAGAGUGAAUUCCAAGGCCGACAACGCUCCGGCACGGACAGUAGUAGGGUGGGACGACCUGUCGGCCACUCACCUCCCAUGAUGAGCACUCGUGAGCGUUCUGGGUCUGGCACGUCAUCUGGCCGUUCACGAAGCCGUACUGGUCAGUACCGUGAUGAUGUCGACAAUGCUUACCCUUUGCCCCCUACCAGACCGUCGGUUGACAGCCAGGGCCGCACACGGUCGCGCAGCAACAGCUACUUCGAGUCGAAGCACCUGCAACCUAUUGAGACGAACACCUCUCACCCUCCGCUGCCAGUACAGUCCGGGAUACCUCAGCCGAAGUACUCGCCCGGCAUACCCAUCUCGCCAAGGCCUUCGCCUGGCGGCAACAGUAGUCCAAGCAUGAAUGCGUACCAGCCUCAAGCUUCGCCGAUGCCCCCCUUUUCCGCCAAUCACACUCCUCCUGCCUCGAACCCUACAACACCAAAUGCAGCGGCCUUCAAUCCGGGCGCUGUCCAGCCACUUAUCAGGCAGGGUAUGUUGCGCAAGAAGUCUAUUGCUAAAUCGGAGAUCUCAGAGCCUGUCUUCUUGUCUACAACAUCCGUCAUCGACACUGUCAAUCUCCCCGCGGGAGCAUCUCUGAAGAACGGAUCCGAGCCACCGCCUGUCCCACCGAUCAAUCCUAUGAGACGCCGCUUCGGUUUCGGCCGCUCUGACAGCGACAAGUCUGACGGGCCAACAAGUCACCCGGACCUUGACGCUCCACGUGCACCGUACGCUGAGCCGACACGUACCAACUCAUCCGAUGCUGUGAGCCAGAUCCCACAACCCAGGAACAGACUCAGGAAGAGUUCUAGCGAAAGUAAAAGCCUCCACGGCAUGGCGCAAGGUCAGCCCGGUGCUGUUCCGGCCAUGCCUCCCGCAGGCUUCCUCGCACGCAACAAUGCCGCACCUCGCCCUAUCAAUGGACAGCAUACGGCUCAGCAGAACAUGAACGGUGCCAUGUUCUAGUGCGCUUGCGUCGCAUCGACACCUUCUUCUCCGCCGACCUUCGCUGGCAAGGUCCAAAAGCAACAAUUCCGUGGUUAAGAUCUUUUCAGAUCUCUGAAUCUUACAUUUCUGUGUUUUGUCUAACUUAUAUUUGUCUUUUGUAUUACGGCCUGGUUUUUUUCCCUUUUUCAUACUGCAAUAUACCUCACGGUCUGUCUUUUUGAGUUAUUGGAUUAUUUCAACGGUCAAAGACAGGGUUACUCGGACAAU